AUGCAUUUCCAAAAAAGUUACGAUGAAGAAUUUUACGAAUUUCCACUCGAUGAAACAGUCACCGCAUCAUUCGAAAAUUUCUAUGCAUUUUGUAAUAUCACAAAGCAGAAGAUGGCCUGUUGGGAGCAGCAAUGUCGCAUACAUUCCGACGACAUCGCUUGGACUAGUGACUUGCAUAUUUGCAUUCUCAGAAGGUCACAGGCGGAAAGUGCUUUAAACUGCUUGAAUCGUACAAGUGUGGGUGCACAUACUAAGUGUAAUAGAUUGUGUCGUACACUGGCUCGAAGGCACCAUAUAAAAAUGCAUGAAAAGCAAUACCUGUACGGUACUUCCAGUAAUUCAGUUGAAGUUUACCAGUACUGGCAGUUAAGUAAGCAAUGCGCAUUUCAGAUAUGUCAGUUGGAGUGUCGAAAAGAAUUAAUGCGGAAUGUAUGCGCAUCAAAUGAAACUGUAGGUGCACUUGACACAUUACAAGACUACUACGAAUACGAUAUGUUUGAUCAGUUACGGUCAAUGACCGAUAGUUCUACUGAACAUCUAUUUCCACUGAUGUGUCGACAGUAUCUCCCAUUACAGUAUCAUUUGAAAGUAAUCCAUUUAUUUCGGUUUAGUAUUUUCAACUAAUC